GAAGACCAUGCAUCGUUCAAUCCAGCUUUCUUGCAGCUAGAUAUCAAGUCCUAAUUAAUUCUUUUGGUCUUGUUUCUCCUCUUCUCCUAAUAUAACCUAAUAUAAAAUAUAAGUAUGUAUAUAUCUCUCCUUUAAAACUCUUAUUAUUAUUAUUUAUUUUUUUCGCUCACACCCAACUACAUAUAUCUAGUCUCUCUAUUCGGUAUUAUUUAUCUAAUUUAUUUAUUUAUUAUUAUUAUUAUUGUAUAUGCUUGUCUCUCUACAUAUAUCUAGUCUCUCUAUAUAUAUCUAGUUGUCUAUAUGUAUCUAGUCUCUCUAUUCGGUAAUUGUUUUUCUCUUGAGAGGCAAAUUAGUUCAGCUUCUUAUAGACUCACUCUUCCAAUUCAUGCCUUCUUGUUUACGAACCUAGCUAUUAAAAAGAAUUAGUAUAAGACACAACCAACCAGAGACUGGCAACGAGAGAUGGGUAGCGAUAGCAUAGAGAUGGAUAAGGAGAGAUUAACGGCGGAGAUGGCUUUUAAGGACUCGUCAUCCGUCGUAAUCAAAAUCCGGCAAAGGUUGCCAGACUUUUUACAGUCUGUGAAGCUCAAAUACGUGAAGUUGGGAUACGGUUACUCAUGCAACCUUGCCACUGUUGUUAUGUUUGUCAUUGUUUUACCUUUAUUCAUAGCUACUGUUUUUGAGCUCGCCGGUCUAAGGUUCGACAGGCUUUCCGAUAUAUGGACGAGUCAAACCGUAUUUCUCCACACCGCUACUGGCCUAACCGGUUCAAUCGUAUUGUUGUUCCUAUCAGGAAUCUACUGGGCCAAGCGGCCGACACCAAUCUAUCUGGUGGACUUUGCUUGUUACAAACCCGAAGAUGAACGAAAAAUGUCAAUUGAAUCGUUCUUGAAGAUGACAGAAGAGAGCGGUGCGUUCGGAGAGGACACGAUUCAAUUUCAGAGAAGAAUCUCGACCCGGUCCGGUGUAGGUGACGAAACGUAUCUACCCAGAGGGAUUACAUCUAGACCUCCCAAUUUGUGCAUGAAAGAAGCUCGGUCGGAGGCAGAGGCAGUUAUGUUCGGUGCACUUGACUCGCUCUUCAGCAAAACGGGGAUUCGACCGGAGGAAAUCGGAAUCCUUAUCGUGAACUGCAGCUUAUUCAAUCCAACCCCAUCUCUCUCCUCCAUGAUCGUCAACCAUUACAAGCUUCGAGCGGACAUAAAAAGCUUCAACCUGGGGGGUAUGGGAUGCAGUGCCGGUCUCAUAUCGGUGGACCUUGCCAAGCACCUUCUCAGAGCAAACCUCAAUACAUACGCAGUGGUAGUAAGUACUGAAAACAUUACGCUGAAUUGGUACUUUGGCAACGACCGCUCCAUGCUGCUGUGUAACUGCAUCUUCCGUAUGGGUGGCGCCGCCAUACUUCUUUCGAAUAUGAGUCGGGAUAGAGGCAGGUCCAAGUACGAGCUUGUCCACACGGUCAGGACCCAUAAAGGUUCGGACGACAACAGCUACAACUGUGUGUACCAGAGAGAGGACAAGGACAGUGGUACAAUUGGGGUUUCACUUGCUCGUGAAUUGAUGGCUGUGGCCGGAGACGCUCUGAAAACAAAUAUAACCACACUGGGGCCUCUAGUCUUGCCGUUUUCUGAACAGUUGAUGUUUUUCGUUACUUUGGUUCGGAGAAAGGUACUGAAAGCGAGGAGGGUGAAGCCUUACAUACCUGAUUUCAAGCUUGCUUUCGAGCACUUCUGCAUACAUGCGGGUGGACGGGCCGUGUUGGAUGAACUGCAGAAGAACCUGCAACUCAGUGAGUGGCACAUGGAGCCGUCCAGAAUGACGCUCCACCGCUUCGGCAACACGUCCAGCAGCUCACUGUGGUACGAAUUGGCUUACACGGAGGCCAAAGGCCGGGUUUCCAGAGGUCACCGGGUUUGGCAGAUUGCAUUUGGGUCCGGUUUCAAGUGUAACAGUGCGGUUUGGAGGGCUGUGAGGACCAUUCCUGCUGUUACUAGUAGUGAUUACUCCUGCGAUCUGGGUAACCCCUGGGCUGAUUCGGUUCACCGAUACCCGGUUAAGUUUCCUGUUGCAUAACAGCUAGCUGGGUCCAUUAGUUAAUCUCCACGACGUAUUUCUAAUUUCUUGUUCUUUUUCUUUCGUGUUUUUCGUGUGUGAAUGUACGCAAGUUAUUUAGGAAAAAAAAAAAAAAAAAAUGUACGCAAGUUAUAUAAUUAACUAAGCAUAUAUCUAUGGGUCAAAUGCUUUAAUCAUAAAUUAAA